AUAAACAGAAUUGUGAUUACGGUCCCCACAAGGCAAACUCCUGCGAAAAACCACAUGCAACCAUAAAUUUCAAACAUUUUCACCAUGGGUGGAAAAAUCUGAGUGAAAAAAAUAAUUCAUCAAGGAAAUUUUCAAUUAAAAGCAUAGAAAUAAGAAAAAUUACCUUGAGAACAAUGAAAGCAAAUAUUGCGAACAAACUCAUACAAACAGAGCAUGCUGUGUUCCUGACCUACCAUAAAGAUAAAAGAACGCAUCAAUUCCGUUAUCAUGAUGAAGGGAAGUGAGAUGACUCCAAGUGAUGCAAGAAAGAUAACAAGCGAUAAACUGAGAAUGGGAAUCCAUGACAAAUUACUGAUAUC